CCCUCGUCCCAGCCCCGGGACGUAGCCGAGCCCGGCUGGCAACCCCAGCCCCAGCCGCGGCCGCCCGGGGAAGCAGACGCCAAGGCCCCUCCGGCCAGGGCCGGGAGCCGGGCCGGCCUAGCCAGGCCCGGACAUUCUAUGUGAGCCCAGUGGCCUCUUUCUGAGCUUCUGAGAGGGAGUCAGGACGGACUUGGUGAAGGUGACCGGAGACAGGCUCUGUGUCCUUCUCAAAACCUGGUAACCUUACACAGGGAGGAGACAUGGGCUAGGCCACACCAUCCACCUAGGGGUUCUGAGAGCCCCAUGGCCCCAGCAGGCCUCUGAGCCCCACCAUGGGCAGCUUGUACUCGGAGUACCUGAACCCCAACAAGGUCCAGGAACACUAUAAUUAUACCAAGGAGACGCUGGAAACGCAGGAGACGACCUCCCGCCAGGUGGCCUCAGCCUUCAUCGUCAUCCUCUGUUGCGCCAUUGUGGUGGAAAACCUUCUGGUGCUCAUUGCGGUGGCCCGAAACAGCAAGUUCCACUCGGCAAUGUACCUGUUUCUGGGCAACCUGGCCGCCUCCGAUCUACUGGCAGGCGUGGCCUUCGUAGCCAAUACCUUGCUCUCCGGCUCUGUCACGCUGAGGCUGACGCCUGUGCAGUGGUUUGCCCGGGAGGGCUCUGCCUUCAUCACGCUCUCGGCCUCUGUCUUCAGCCUCCUGGCCAUCGCCAUUGAGCGCCACGUGGCCAUUGCCAAGGUCAAGCUGUACGGCAGCGACAAGAGCUGCCGCAUGCUCCUGCUCAUCGGGGCCUCAUGGCUCAUCUCGCUGGUCCUCGGUGGCCUGCCCAUCCUUGGCUGGAACUGCCUGGGCCACCUCGAGGCCUGUUCCACUGUCCUGCCUCUCUACGCCAAGCAUUAUGUGCUGUGCGUGGUGACCAUCUUCUCCAUCAUCCUGUUGGCCAUCGUGGCGCUGUACGUGCGCAUCUACUGCGUGGUCCGCUCAAGCCACGCUGACGUGGCCGCCCCGCAGACGCUAGCCCUGCUCAAGACGGUCACCAUCGUGCUAGGCGUCUUUAUUGUCUGCUGGCUGCCCGCCUUCAGCAUCCUCCUUCUGGACUAUGCCUGUCCCGUCCACUCCUGCCCAAUCCUCUACAAAGCCCACUACUUUUUCGCCUUCGCCACCCUGAAUUCGCUGCUCAACCCCGUCAUCUACACGUGGCGCAGCCGGGACCUGCGGCGGGAGGUGCUUCGGCCGCUGCAGUGCUGGCGGCCGGGGGUGGGGGUGCAAGGACGGAGGCGGGGCGGGACCCCGGGCCACCACCUCCUGCCACUCCGCAGCUCCAGCUCCCUGGAGAGGGGCAUGCACAUGCCCACGUCGCCCACGUUUCUGGAGGGCAACACGGUGGUCUGAGAGUGGGGGUGGACCAACAACCAGGCCAGGGCAGAGGGGUUUAUGGAGAGGCCACUGGGUGGCCUCAGACAGAGAUGUGGGGCUGCUGAGCCAGAUGCCCCCGCCCCACAGACCUGGGUGGUGUUGCAAAUAUUUCACACCUGGAAAGGCCAGAUAAGGCACUGACUAGUCACAUAGCAGUGUUGCAGUGGGGUCCUGAGGGCCAGUCCGGUGGCUAGUGUGACCCCUUUAGAACUGGAUCCUGGGGAGGCCAGGGCAGGGGACCUGUGAAGAGCCAGGGUGAGGGCAGGCAGCAUUUAAGGGGAGCUCAGGGCAGGAGCACUUUACCACCUGGUACAAAGGAUUUCUUUUUUUUUUUUUUUUGAGAUGGACUCUUGCACUGCUGCCCGGGCUGGAGUUCAGUGGCGCGAUCUUGGCUCACCACAAGCUCCGCCUCCUGGGUUCAUGUCGUUCUCCUGCCUCAGCCUCCCGAGUAGUUGGGACUACAGGCACCCGCCACCACACCUGGCUAAUUUUUUGUACCUUUAGUAGAGAUGGGGUUUCACCGUGUUAGCCAGGAUGGUCUUGAUCUCCUGACCUCGUGAUCCGCCCGCCUCGGCCUCACAAAGUGCUGGGAUUACAGACGUGAGCCACCUUACCCGGCCUUUUUUUUUUUUUUUUGAGAUGAAGUCUCGUUCUGUUGCCCAGGCUGGAGUGCAGUGGUGUGGUCUCAGCUCACUGCAACCUGCGCCUCCCAGAUUCAAGUGAUUCUCCUGCCUGAGCCUCCUGAGUAGCUGGGAUUACAGGUGCCUGCCACCCACCACGCCCAGCUAAUUUUUUUUUUUUUUUUUUUUUUGUAUUUUUAGUAGAGAUGGGGUUUCACCAUUUUGGCCAGGCUGGUCUUGAACUCCUGACCUCAUGAUCCACCCAUGUUGGCCUCCCAAGGUGUGGGAUUACAGGCGUAAGCCACCUCACCUGGUGGUACAAAGAAUUUGUACAUUUUCUUCCCUGGUCCCUAGUCCUGCACCGAUUUCUCCUUUUUGAAUGUAUUCCUCCUGCCACCUUCUCUGGGCAACUUCAUGCGACUAUAGAACCACUGUCCCGAGGAGCUAGAGGCCUCCUCUCUGACCCUCCAGAGCCCAAAUCCACAGCUUCCCCAAAUUUCAUCAGCUGCCACUUGACGACUUCUCCCCUUCUCUCUGAGGCCCGGAAACCACGGCUGGAGGUGGGGAGGGGACGGCGGCUGAGGUCCAUUCCUCAUUCUCAGACCUCAUUGCUCAGUUGCACUAUUUGGGGCACAGAAGAAUCACACCAAAAGUGAGAAAAACGAGUUUGGGUGGCUGAGGAGGGCUUUGGGACUCUUGAUGCAAGGCGCAACUUGAGAAAAUUCUGGGUGUGAUGUUUGCAGACACCCUCCUUUCAAAAACAGCCACCCCCCAAGCUAUUCUCAGCUCCACACCUGCAGCCCCUGCUAAAGUACCAGGUCUCCUGAGCAAGGCAGAGAGAAGCCUUGAGCCUGAACCCCGCUGUGUCUUCUUUCAAGAUUUUUUUUUGUUUUUGAGACAGUUUCAAGAUUUUUGUUUUGUUUUUGAGAUGGAGUCUCACUGUGUCACCCAGGCUGAGGUGGCAGUGGUUCAAUCUCCGUUCACUGCCACCUCUACCUCCCGGGUUCAAGCGAUUCUCCUGCUUCAGCCUCUCGAGUAGCUGGGACUACAGGCACCCGCCACCAUGUCUGGCUAAUUUUUGUAUUUUAGUAGAGACAGGGUUUCACUAUGUUGGCCAGGCUGGUUUCAAACUCCUGACCUCAAGUGAUCCGCCCACCUCGGCCUCCCAAAGUGCUGGGAUCACAGACGUGAGCCACUGUGCCCGGCCUUCUUCUUUCAAGUUAUAUUGAAUGGAGCAUGGGGGUGGCAGUGGCUAGGGACAUUUCCUGGGGACACUCUCCCCUAACCCCCCAGAAGGACUUCACAAAAACCUGUGGUUAAUGGAAGGGAUGUUACGGUACAAACAUAUAUUUAUGUGUGUGUGUGUGUGUGUGUGCACGCGCGCGUGCACAUAGGCGUGAUGUCUGUGACCCUCCUCUCCUCAUCACAUUUCCCCCAGAAUGAAUGCUGUCCUGUCUGCUCCUGUUUGUGUUGAAGCUGCCAAAGUCGGGGAGCUCUGGUCCUGCCCAGACCCCUUUGGAAUUGCUGGCCCAUCCUCCCACUGGAGAGCUGGGGUGCAGCUCACCUUGGGGAAGGAAACCUCAUGCCUCAGAGUAAUUUCUUGUGAAUGCAAAGCCUGGGGGAGCGGGUCUUUGGGGGGCAAAGAGCCAGUCAGGGGCUUGUUUCCCCUCAUAGAGCUCCCCAGACAUGCCCCCACAAUGCCUGAAACCCAGACCUAGGCUAAUAAACGGUUCAAUUUCUGUU